AUGGAAAAUUCAAGAAAAUCUCCAAUGAAACCAUGGAAAAAAGGCCCUGCGAGAGGCAAAGGCGGCCCUCUGAACGCCUCGUGCUCGUACAGGGGCGUGCGUCAGAGGACGUGGGGUAAGUGGGUCGCAGAAAUAAGAGAACCCAAGAAGAGGACCCGACUCUGGUUGGGCUCCUUCGCCACUGCCGAAGAAGCGGCCAUGGCUUACGACGAAGCUGCUCGGAAAUUGUACGGGCCCGAUGCUUAUCUCAACCUACCCCACCUCCACCAUCAACCGCCCCCCAACUCCUCCAUUUUAUCAUCGAACAGGUCUCUGCAUCACAAGUUCAAAUGGUUCCCAUCCAAGAAGUUCAUCUCCAUGUUCCCUUCAUGUGGACUGCUCAACCUGAGUGCUCAGCCCAGUGUCCAUGUCAUCCACCAGAGGCUGGAAGAGCUCAAGAAGAACGGAGGCUUUGGUGGCGCAGCUUCUCCUUCCUCAUCUUCCUCGAACUCGAGAAUCGACGCUAGGAGGAAAAUCGACGUGGAAGUCGGUAAGUCAAAGGAGAAGGAGGUCGAAAUUUCGUCGGAGAAUGCAGUGGUGGCAGGGUAUCAGCAAGAGAAGCCUCAGAUUGACCUAAAUGAAUUCCUUCAGCAGUUGGGAGUCCUGAAAGAAGACAGCCAGUCGGAAGAAGUUGUUGACGUGAAUGGAACUGAGGAAGGUUUGUUCAAGGAUUAUGAACAAAUAGUGGCUUUUGAUGAGAAGGGAUUCAAUUGGGAUAGUUUGAUGGAGAUGCAUGGUUAUGCUGAUCAACAGGUUUAUGCAGAAGGCAGCACUUGCCAGGUUUAUGAUAUUGCUGAGGAGCUCACUUUGCCUUCCACCAUCUGGAAUUUCUGAAAGGAGCAUCUGACAGUGACACUAGGAAAUAGUCUUCAUACGGAUCAUUACAGAGUUCAAUAUGAGAGAGAGAGAGAGAGAGAGAGAGAGAGA